AGCCAGGGUAGCCCUGCUCCCGUUGUCCAUGGUCCAGCAGGGUUUUGGGUAGCAAGGAGAGGUCCAAACUCUGUCCCACCUAACAAGCAGACCCUGAAUUCUUCAGAGGAGGAAGAAGAAACAAGUGAAAAUGGUGAGUUCUCAAAGAAUUACUUGCUACGCCAUCAGCCUUGUGACUACCCUGACUGUGAAACUGCGACAGUAUUUAGUUCAGCAGAACCUACAGCAAACCUGGUGUUGGUGAACUCUGCAGCAGUCUCAACCUCAACAGGUGUUUAUGCUGCUCCAGCUACAGGUUUCUCCUCAAAUUCUGCUGCCUCCACUCCAGCCAGUGUCACAACAGCAGUUCCCCCACAAACAGCAGUUCAGCCAGUCAUAGUAUCUCCCCUUUCUAUAGGGAAGCCAGCAGUUUCUUCGAUGCCAUUCCCAGUUUAUUCAGCUCCCCUUCCUCCAGUCAGUGAGGUUGGAGAAGCUGGUGCUGUUCUUCCGCCUUACUCUUGUGAUCCCAGUGGCAGUGAUCUGCCUCGAGAUACAAAGGUCUUGCGGUACUAUUUUAAUCUGGGAUUGCAAUAUUGUCAUCAGAGCUAUUGGCCUUCCAUGAUGUAUGUACAGCCAGUGCUGCCACCAUCACCUGUGGAAGUUUACCCAGCAUACGCUGAGCCAGCUCCUGUCCUAGAUCAGUCAGUACCUCAGCUCUACACUGAUGCUGGCCGAACUGAAGUCCACCAGGUUCCCUUGGAAGCACCUGCAAAUGGUAACUUUCAAAAUGUAGAGCCUCCACCCCUGUCCUACGGGCCAGUAUAUUACCCAGUCGUGUCGGAUCCCUUCAGCCAGCAGUCUCUUCCUGGGUUUGAUUCUUUAGUACCUGCCUAUCGCUAUGUUAGUACCUGGCAUCCAGUAAAUCCACCAUUUGGAAAUUCUCCACAAAUUGCUAAUGCUGUAAGUUCUGGACCACUGCACCAAGUCAGCUAUAUCGCCUCACCUAACCCUGCACCUCAUGACGUGCCUCAAGGAAUGUGA